UACCUUGCAGCUCACGGUAGUGAUGGUCGACUCGGUUGGCGCAUGUUCCCCCUCCACGUACCGCGCCAGUAUGGCCCACCUGAAGCACUCGUUGUCUUCCAGGUUCAUGGGAUUUAUGCAUGCUUUCCUGUUCUUGAUUGUGGAUGGUAGAUCAAUGUAGGAGACUCGCAGCGGUACUAACUUGUUGAAAUGGAGCUGAAUUUUCCUCACUGCAGACAGAGUCCACCCCGAGCCUUUACUUACAUAUUCGUCUUCCUCCAUACAUAUUUUCUCAAUACAUUCCUUUACUGCCUCUUCAAUGUCGCUCUCCUCAUAGAUGGGUAUAUUCUUCAUCUUGAAUGACCUCUUGUCAUAACCUUCAUCGAAGGGAGCAGACUUGGCAUAAUCACAUUCAAGCCACGCAUUGAACUUCACUGGGCCAUUUUCACAUAUUUCCUGGGAAAUGCGAUUGAUCAAGUUAUUUUUCAUUUCGCCCAGGUACGUGCAAAUAUCUUUGGUCGAUCCAUUGUUGACUGCCACUAAAGUUUUCCAAUUUCUGCGGAACGCGCUCUCCGCCUCAACAAACCCGGAACCGCCUGCCCCCAAGUCAACCUGAGCCUGGUCAGGCGCUUGCGCCUCCAAGUCUCGCUGUGCCUGGUCGGGCACACUCGCCACGUAUUGCGGACGAGUGCUGGGGCCGGGCUGUUGACGGCCAGAGGGCUCGCCCGUGCGCCGUCUCUUAGCGGCCUGUGGAGCCAAGCCAUUGCACGUCUUGAUGUGCACAAACAGUGUAUCUUUACGUGUGAAUUCGUCCUGGCACUUUACGCAUUUGUAGCUAAUACGACCAGAAUUGAACUGGAACUGGCUCUUCUCGUGGCGUCUGGCAUCAUAGCUAUGUUUGAAUUGCUGCCCGCAGAAAAUCCACCUCGAGCCUGAGCUGUGCUCGACGGUGCCCUCGCACGUUCUAAUGUGGCGGGUCAAACUGUCUUUUCGGCUUAUUGUCAUACCGCAGAUAUGGCAUUGGCUUGCGGUAUUACGGCCGGGAUUCGCCUUGCACACACGCUCAUGCCGUCUGGUAUUACGACUAGCAGUAAAAAACUUGCCACAGUAUGCACACCCAUUCCCUGGUGACGGUGCACAUACCUGAGAUGACGCAAGCUGGCUGGUCCCCAAGGUCGAGGGCUGGACGGCUCCCGAUGUCGAAGGCUGGCUGGCUUCCGCGGGAACCCCAGUCAAAGUCCUCUUCAUGUUGAUAGACUCUGUAACACGAUCGGAUAAAUUAUAGUAAUACAAUUUAUUUAAAUAUUCCGCCAUUAAAUUUUGACACUGAAGUAAUGAAUGAUUAAAGUGUAUAUGUUUGUGAUUUUCCUGUUAAUUUUUUUUUAUUUGUCAAGUAUAAUUAAAAAAUAAAAUUUCACAACAUUUCAAGUGUAAAGACAUUCGCGUGCACACACACUAACACACAGCCAUGUAAAUGCAUACAAGCAGAAGUUGAAAUUUAAAAAAAAAUUCAACUCGCUAGACGAAAACAGGAACGUCUCUGGGUGCACUGCACGCACGCACAACGAGGAGGGCUGGAACGUCGUGAAGCACACGCUGGUCUCAGGAACCUGUAACACAGAAAAGGAACCGCCUUGCUAAGUAUGCAUGCACACGUCUUACUUUUUCAAGACAGCACAAAGACACUGAUGUACAAAUAUUUUUGUUUUAUGUACUGACCGGAAACGUGACAGAACUACACGGAACUCCAGAGGGCAGACAGGCGUUCUCCAAGCGGAUCACACUCGUAAGUAGCUCGACGCAGGGAGAAGCACUGAAUACCUGCAACACAUACAUAAUAUGUUAAGUAAUUGUAGAAGUAAUGAAAAUGGUCGUGAUUAUGUGUUAUGCGUCUAUGGAUAGGUAGCAAGUGCUAAUUUCUAUCCUUUUUUUUUCAUUUAGCAGUAAAAAAUUAUAAAUUACUGUUAUUAAUAUUGGUAAAUGAACUCUUUUGUAAAAAAAUAAAUCGAAAACCUUAAAUGUAACAUUACCAAGAGACUAUAGAAUUACCUGUAUUUUUUUUUUGUCGCUGUAAUUAAUAAUAUAAACUACUAGUGUAAUCAUUUUGCACGUCAGAGGAUUCGAGCGCGCCAUGCGAUAUGCGUAGGAAUUACGUCAGCUGGUGGACACAGAUGUAACGUAAGGACGCGAGCGCUCCAUGUGUUUGGGAAGGGGCCGGAGGGAGGGAGAGCGUGCGAUUCCCCCACUAGCGCAAGCCGCCAUUUCAUCACGUCAACUCAAGCUGUACGGAGCUCCUGCCAGUCCUCUCUCUAUCUCUCUCCCUCUCGUACGUCAUCCAUCUUGAUUCAAGCUAAGUCGUACGUGCAUGAAUAACAAACAUGUAUGCCAGGAAAAAAUGUUUUUUCAAAAUAAAAAUUACUGCAACUGAUGACUCUAAUAAUUUCGACUAGUAUCACGGAAAAAAGUAAUUUAGGUUUCUAACACUUAUUCAUACAAACACGAACGUGAAUCUAUCCUAAUUUACACGCUUCGGAACUAACGUGACAAGUAGUUUAUUUUAAUCAUACAUAGUCGUGAACCUAAUUACGCGUUACAAAUUCAACUGAUGUGCAUGUUAUUUCAAAUAUGACAACUGUAAAACUAUUAAGCCGAAUGGAUUUCGUAUACUGAAACUAAUCUCGCUUCAAUGUUUACAUUUACAAUCAAUAAUAUUCUUGUUAGACGUAAUUACAAGAUGACUACUACCUUUAAUUCUUGAUUGCACAUCGAAACUAGUGAGCCGAGAAAGGAACGCGCACGUAAGACUUUUUUUCUCUCCCACGUCCUUGCCCCUCUACAUCCAGCUGCGCGGGAGGCGCAGUGUCAUGUACUAGCUGGCUCAGCAGCAGCCUUCACUGCAGCUGUUACGUACACUGGGUGAAGGACGCAGCGGGGCACAAGCAAGAGAUACUGGAGAAAUUUCAAAGUUUAAAAUCUACGGAAAAAUUUUCGAAGUUGGAAAUCUGCGGAAAAAAUUUCAAAGUUAAAAAUUUACGGAAAAAAUUUCAAAGUUGAAAAUUUACGGAAAAAUUUACAAAGUUGAUAAUUUACGGGGGGAAAAUUUCAGAGUUAAAAAUUUACGAAAAAAAUUUCAAAGUUGAAAAUCUGCGGAAAAAAUUUUAAAGUUGAUAAUUUAUUGUGAAGUUGUACUUACCAAGCUGCUGGAGUCAAAGGGUGGGAAGGCAGGAUAUCCGCACACAAACUCAGCCAAACGUAUCCAGACGGUGAAGCAGAAGUGCUCGUGAUCGUUAAUUUAUACGUAAAUUCUCCCCCUUGGUCAAAGGCGCCAGCCAAUCAGGUUCCGCGGGAACCGUCUUGUCCUUUUUGAUGUAACUUAAAAGUCUGAGCCUUUCUUUCGUGCUGACAGUUAUGUGCGGAACAAACCACUCGGUGCUCGUGACGGUGACUGCGACCGGCUGGGGGUCGUUUCCGGGUGCUCCCACGUUGGCAUUCAGGUGCGAUGUCGUUAGAAUUAACACAAGUUCUUGGAGGGCUUGAAUCAAUAUUUUCUUGUAAUCCUCCGCGAAGCCGAGAUGCAUCGAAAGCAGUAUGCUAACUUCGAAUUUUCCAGUUUCAUAAAUGGGAAUUUUGAAAUCGGGUUUCAUUCCAAAACCUGCGAUUUUGGUCGCGCUCAGGUCGUUCGGUGUUAGAGACAGGUAAUUUUUCAUCGUGGCAGUAAUGCCCAAGUCCCACGAUUCGUCGAUCGCAAUAUUAUUCAAUUCGAAAAUUACUCGUUCGAAUAAAUGCAAUAUUCCGUUUCGACCGAAGUAUGCAGUUGUAGGAUGUAAUCCGUCCGCCUUUGUCAGCGUGCCUCUUAUACGAAUAAAUGACUGGCAAGGUAGAGUAUAAACGUCUUGUUUCUGUACCGGGAUGCAUAUUUCCCUACCGGGCAUAUACGGUCCUUGGAGGUAGGGUGCGAAGCAGUGGUAUUCAAAUUUAUUUACAUCGUCGCUAAACUGAACUUUUUCUGACACGUUUAAAUAAUCUUCCAUGCUUGUGAACUUUGUAGCCUAAACUGCGGAGAUACUUAACGUUAAGAGGUGUUAGCGCACCGCGGCCUCGCAACAGACUGGUCCUGGGUUCGUGACGCUUCUUUGAUUUAUAGGGCUUGAAAAUCAGUCCCAUCGCUUCAGGUGUAAACGUAGUGUAAUUUCUUCGUUUCUAAAAUUUACUAGUUUAUCGUUUUGAUCGACAAUGUCGACUACUACUUCGUGUACUGUUUUGGCGAGCACAGGGGCGUAAAUGAUACUUUGCGGUACUUCGACCAGUUUAUAUCCAGGCGGAACCGUUGGCGAAAACUCAUGUAGCAUGUUGUUUAGUCUUCCGUUGAGGUACGUUCCACCUGCCAAAUUGCAGUUUACGCGUAUUACAUUCACGGGCAUUAUUUGUACGGGUAACGAGGACACGUGCAAGGUCUUGGCUGCGUAUAUUUUCGGUUCGAAUCCGAGCAUCGAACCUAUGGUUCCCGGUAUCGUAAAGUCGACAUUUUCACUGCAAAAAAGUUCGCAUUGUAGCGUGUUUGGAUUAUCUCGCAAUUCGAAAAUUGUGUUUGGAUGUAAUUCGUAAUAUCGAUCAACUCCUACGCCCUGGUGGGUAUGGAAAUUUCCCGAGUUGAUGUUCCAUCGCUUUUCAAGAAGCACAUUUUGCAGUUUUCGUCGUCAAUGUUUGGUAUGGCAUUAUACGUUUGAAAAUCUGCGAGACCGAUGCUCCAUUCACCGUUCAAGUCCAGUGGCGGGUAGAAUGUGGCUCGUAGCUGCGAGCUACGACCUGACAAUAUCAGUGUUACGGACAUGACUGAUUUAUUUUCGCUACUGUUCCUUUAUUUUAUACUUAGGAAUCUGAAGCACAAGUGACCGCAGUUUGUUUGAUUAGGCUUCUGUUCCGUUUCAUAAUUGUAGAACAAUGUAGUGGUCCGGCCCAGGUACCGCCUUAGUUCAGGCAGAGGUCUCAAAUUACCGAAACUGUCGUAGUAACUAGCUUUUUUUCCAGACUUUAUGUACGCCACCCAGUGCGUGCCGCGACCUGCCGACGUGUCUAAAUUAAUUAUGGCGCUUUCGUUGGUUUUUGGUUUGCUGGACAAAGUGUCUCGCAUAAACACACCGCGGAAAUGUGGUAUUUUCAGUUUGCGUGCGUACUUUUUUAAAUCUACGUUGGUGAGCGGAAGUUUCGGCAGAGAACUUAGGAUUUUCGUUUCUUUUUCAUGCCUCGGCCUGAUUUGUGAGGACGUAAGUACAGUCCUGCACCGUUUUUUUUUACCCAUGACAAUGGCUUCCAUGCUUGCAUUAUGUCUACGAGCUUCCUCCAACUGGUUUCGCUGGUUCUUGGACGUAUUCACGGCCCUAGCAAUGUUGGAAGCAGCUGCUGCGAUCCCGCCUAGUGCGCCUAUAGCGGGCACCAGCAACGGUAAAAAUCCCCCCUUUUUCUUAUUGGAUCUUUGUAUCUUACGCUUCUUGGUCUUGCGAAUUCUGGGCUUACGAGCACCCAUUCCUAAUUUCGUCUUUGCCUUCAUAAUUUUAGAUACGCCCCAGGCCGCGAUUUUCUCUCCUAGACCCGCGUUCGAUGAUUUGCUUAUUUAUUCAGCUUCCUGUGCCAAUAUCUCGUCGGCCCGGUGCCUAGAUUCCAGAUCCUUGCUGAGCGAGUAGGCAAUAUCGUGCUGCUUGCACUUUUCGUCGAGAGAAUUAAGGGCGCCGCCUACUUGGAGAGCGCAGAGACGUGCAGAGCCUUGGAAAUCCGGCUUUUAUUCGAAAACUAUUCCACGUAUUGUUUUGCAGUUUGGCUACGAAAAGCAUUUAAGGAACAGCUUACAGGCCUAUAAUAGUGAGACGUUCUAUUUUCCCUUACUAAUAGGUAAGUUUUGACUGUGAAAAUGGCUAAAACGGCACUUUUUGCGGCGAGAUUUAGGUAAGAAGAUUCAUUUUCCCGGGCUUCGGAAAAUUAUAGACCCGUAGAAUGCACCUUUGUCUUGCGUCGCGUGAUAAAAAAAUAUAGUUUCGUAGAUGAAAAUCGAUGGUUCUACGAUGCAGUUCUAAAGCACUGCAUGCCAGUAAGACACUCCAGUGAAGUGGCGCCACCACGCGCUCCGCUCGGCCGCUAUCAGUCCGGGAGGGGAAGUAGCCUUGAGCGGCGGGAAGGUGGGUAUGCGGGGGGAAAAGAUCCGGCUGGUAGGGGGAGUGCCCAGCUGCUGCGUGUCGCUAACCUGAGUCUAGGGCAGUAGCUGUCUUUGACAGACGCACAGUGCGAGGUGCGAGAUAAUAGUUCGUACAUCCAUCAUCCUGCGUGCGUGCUCUGAUACUUGUGAAUGUGUGUGGGUGAAUUGACUCGCGUCAAGUGCCAGUAGAACGUUUAGCCUUUAUACCCAUUUAGAAAGGUUUGAUUUACAAAGGUAUGGAAUCUGCGAGAAAGCAAGUUUUGAAUGAAGACAAAAGAAGAGGUAAAAAACGUCACUUGCGUCUGAAUGCAGUUCGAAAGAAAAGGAAAUGGAACAAAGGGAAAGUUUUACGUUUAGUUGACGGCAGGCUGCGUUACGUGAAAAACCAUGAAACAAGGUUUUCCAACUAUACUUCACAUGAGUCUUUCAGUACAUCCAAACACGCGGGGAAUAUAGAAAAUGCUGUUGAAAGGAAAACCCAGACAGACAGUGAGACUUGCUACAUAACGUUGUCUCCAGCAAGGUGUUCCACCUCUCCCGGCGAUACUGCUUCACAUGAUCAAGUAGACAUCGAUGGAGCAGGUUGUUCGUUUUGGACAAACGAAAUAUUGGCGACACCGCAGAAAGUCACAACUACUGAUUAUCCUACAGAAGAAUAUGAUGUUACUGGAAUAUUUUCAGACACGGAACAAGAGUCAAAAUCGGUCACAAGUGACUACGCUCAGCUUCUUGAAGGCGUGAAGAAACUUUCGUCACCAGCAUCUUCACCCGAACAAACCUCUCCUAAAAAAACUUUCAGCUCUGAAUCAUCAACCUUUCCGAUACAAGGCCGUCGACUGUUUGAUGUUGACUUUCUAUUCAAAGAAAUGUCGCGCAUCAGCCAACAUAACAAAGUGUUUCAGUGUUCGUUUGAAAAUAUGCGAUUAAUAAAAGAACAUAAAAAUGGAAUGAUAAGUAAAUUUGAUUUCAAGUGUAAUAUGUGUGGUACUGUUGAAUCUAUUUUCUCGGAGGACCCCCAAACAAAUAAAGUCAACUGUAACAUGGCAUGGGUGAACAGUAUGUUGUUAACGGGCCAAAGUUUUACACAGUUACAAGACAUAACUUCAACUUUGGAAAUGCCUUGCAUGGCCAAGGAGACUUUCAACAAAUGUCAAAAAUCCCUAUCUUCUGUUAUACACGAUGUCGCAUGUCAAAGUAUGGAAGCCGCUGGCAAAGAAGAAGCAAGAUUGGCAGUAGAAAAUGGCAGUGUGGAUGUCGACGGAGUUCCUCUCAUAGCAGUUGUCACUGAUGGAGCUUGGUGUAAACGAUCGUAUGGAAACAAAUAUGAUGCUCUUUCUGGGGUGGCUUGCAUAGUAGGAAAAGAAACAAAAAAAGUUAUCUUCGCAAGCACUAGGAAUCGAUACUGCUGCAUAUGUUCACGAGCAAACAGUAAAAAUGAGACGCCAAAGGACCACGUCUGUUUCAAAAAUUGGAACAAGUCUUCAAAUGCCAUGGAAUCUGACAUCAUAGUGGAAGGUUUCAAAUGCAGUGUUUCCAUGCAUAACCUGAAAUAUCAUCAGCUGAUUGGUGAGUCACAAGGUGAUCAGUUAAUUUCAGAUGUUAUUAAUUAUUAUGUAUUUGUGUCGAUAGUAUAUUUUCGAAAUAAUUUUAAUGCCGUGUGGUAUUUAAUGUUUUUAUUUCCGACGUCGCACGUUUCAUAUGUUUUCAUACAAUGCUGCAUAUUGUAACGAACUGAAAUGUAGCGCUUUUGUAACAGCUACUUCCUAAAUAUACAGAAAGGUAUUAGCUCUACAAUGUUUAUAAAUGUAACCUCGCGAAGAGUAGGUACUAAAUAUUGUGAACUAUAUGAAAAUAGUUAGCCUCAGAGCAGUAACCGAGCGCUCUGAUAUGCCUACAAGAAGAACGUGCAUAUGUGGCCAUUUCGAGUUAAAAAUGAUUUGGUAGUUUUCUGUAGGUAUUUUUCAGUGAGCCAUUGUAUGUAAGUAGUUGUGUUAAUUAAAGAAAUGUUGUCUUGCACUUGUAUUUCAUACCCCAGAAAUAGCAUAGCCAUACAAUUCAGAGCCUACCACUAUGUUAAUAUAUGUACUUCUUUGAGGGCUUAACUGCAGAUUUAUGUCUUGGUAUGGUUCUUAGGAAUAUUUUUAAAGGGUAUGCAAGGUAUAAAGUUUUCCAUUUAGCCGAAAAAAGGACCCAAAAAUAUUGUAAAGUAUGCGGCCUUAGUUUUAAUAUUUGUGAGAAAUAGAGUAUUGAAGUCUUAUCUUGUUUAAGGCCAUGUUACAGCGUUUAACGGCCCUUCAAAAACAAUAAUUUUUAAUCAAUGUUUUGUCUAUACAGAAAAAUCACCCAGUUUUAACAAUACCACCUUAAACGUUUUAUUAAAGUAUUGUCAUACCAAUAAACAUAACAGUUUUUUUCCAAUAUUUCUAAAUAAGUUAACGCCAAUUUUUUGCCCGAAAAUGAGAUAAAGAAUGACAAAAUAAUGUAUGCGGCCGAAUUAUACGUGGUAGAUUUAAAUAGCUUCUAAGGAUUUGUUCACAGUUUCAUUUCACGGAGUCAUGAAUUUUCUCAAUUCAUUACAUUGGAAACUAACUGAUAAAUUUAACUCAUUAUUUUCGAAACGCUGCAACAUGGCCUUGUAUUUUUUUUCGUAUAUAAAUAAAUACCUAUACAUUUAUCACAUUAGUACGUAGCGUGUUGUAAACAUUUUCAGGAGAUGGCGAUAGCAGCAUUAUGACCCAGUUGGUGAAGGCUCAGCCAUAUGGUCCAAAUUUUACAAUCACCAAAAUUGAAUGUACUAACCACAUACUGCGAAAUUACCUUCGAAGGAUACGUUGUAUUGCUCAAAAGACGAAAAACGAAAUUGGUUCCGUUUCUCCUGUUCUACGAAAGGCUGUAUCUGACAAACAACUCCGCCUUCGAGCUGCAGUCACCGGAGCUGUGCAGCAUAGGCGUGCUCAAAAAGAGUUUCCAAUUCACAGAAAAAUUGAGGAGUUAAAACUUGACAUUUACAAUGGUCCAUUUCACGUAUUUGGUGACCACUCAGGAUGCGCAAUUAGAGGUUAUUUCUGUAGCGGAUUGAAAGAAAACGAGGAAAACCUUGUACCGCCUCUUCAAGAGGCAGGUAUAUGGUCAGAAAUAAUAGCAGCUCGAAACAUUGUUGCACAUCAUGCUGUAAGCCUUUUACAUAAUGUCAAUACUAAUACAGCAGAGUCUUUCAAUAAUGUGGUUUGCAAGCAUGUUUCAAGUAAACGAGUAAACUUUUGUUUGAGUGGUGGCUACCAAACAAGAAGCGAGCUCUCUGUAAUUUCUUUUAAUUCAGGUCCUCAAACACAGUCCUUUAUCCAUAAAGGUUUAACAAACAGUAGUCCUGGAAACAUCACUAAAGCUCACAUACAGCGCAAGGAACGUUCAUCAGAGAAAAGAAAGCUCAGGAGGCUGACAAACCCACAAACAUUUAAGCGCAGAAAGUUGUAUGUGACAGGUCCAGACAAGGAUUAUGG